AUGUCCUUCCCAGUGCGAGCUUGCGAGCUGUACCACUGGGUGGACCUGCUGGACCGCUUCGACGCGCUGCUGGCCGAGGCGGGCCGGCCGGUGGAGGCCAUGAGCUGGAUGCUGGCCUGCGACCGGCCCGAGCGGCACGCGCUGAAAUCCCUGCUGCUGGCCCUGCUCAACUUCACCGCCCUGCUCAUCGAGUACAGCUUCUCCCGCCACCUCUACAGCUCCAUCGAGCACCUGACCACGCUGCUGGCCUCCUCGGACAUGCACGUGGUGCUGGCCGUGCUCAACCUGCUCUACGUGUUCAGCAAACGCUCCAACUACAUCACGCGCCUGGGCUCGGAGCGCCGCGGGCCCCUGCUGGCCCGCCUGCAGCACCUGGCUGAGAGCUGGGGUGGGAAGGAGAAUGGAUUCGGGUUGGCGGAGUGCUGCAGGGACCUGCACAUGAUGAAAUACCCCCCCAGUGCCACCACCCUGCACUUCGAGUUCUACGCCGAGCCGGGCGUCGAGGUCAAGGUGGACAAGAGGGCCACCAGCACCACCCUGCACUACAUCCACAUCGAGCAGCUGGACAAGAUUUCUGAGAGCCCCUCAGAGAUCAUGGAGUCCCUCACCAAGAUGUACAGCAUCCCCAAGGACAAGCAGAUGCUGCUGUUCACCCACAUCCGCCUGGCCCACGGCUUCUCCAACCACAAGAAGCGGCUGCAGGCGGUGCAGGCUCGGCUCCACGCCAUCUCCAUCCUGGUGUACUCCAACGCGCUGCAGGAGUCGGCCAACAGCAUCCUGUACAACGGGCUGAUCGAGGAGCUGGUGGACGUGCUGCAGAUCACCGACAAGCAGCUCAUGGACAUCAAGGCCGCCUCCCUGCGGACGCUGACGUCCAUCGUGCACCUGGAGCGGACGCCGAAGCUCAGCAGCAUCAUCGACUGCACGGGCACGGCCUCGUACCACGGCUUCCUGCCCGUGCUGGUGCGCAACUGCAUCCAGGCCAUGAUCGACCCCUCCAUGGAGCCCUACCCCCACCAGUUCGCCACGGCGCUCUUCUCCUUCCUCUACCACCUGGCCAGCUACGACGCGGGCGGCGAGGCGCUGGUGUCCUGCGGCAUGAUGGAGGCGCUGCUCAAGGUGAUCAAGUUCCUGGGGGACGAGCAGGACCAGAUCACGUUUGUGACGCGGGCGGUGCGCGUGGUGGAUCUGAUCACCAACCUGGACAUGGCGGCGUUCCAGUCGCACAGCGGGCUCAGCAUCUUCAUCUACCGCCUCGAGCACGAGGUGGACCUGUGCCGCCGCGAGUGUCCCUUUGUCAUCAAGCCCAAGGUGCAGCGCCCGCCCGCCGCCCCCCUGCCCGAGGGCGAGGACAUGGAGACGGACAUGGAGGUGACCGACGUGGCCAUGGAGAGCAGCCCCGGCCCCUCCUCGGCCGAAGCUCCGCCCGUGCCCGGCCCCAGCGCCGCCGCCCCCUCCCCACGCGGCGGAGUGCAGUGCAUCCCCCAGCGUGCUGCUCUGCUCAAAUCCAUGCUGAACUUCCUGAAAAAAGCCAUCCAGGACCCCGCCUUCUCGGACGGCAUCCGGCACGUGAUGGACGGCUCUCUGCCCACCUCCCUGAAGCACAUCAUCAGCAACGCCGAGUACUACGGCCCCUCGCUGUUCCUGCUGGCGACCGAGGUGGUGACGGUGUUCGUGUUCCAGGAGCCCUCGCUGCUGUCCUCGCUGCAGGACAACGGCCUCACCGACGUCAUGCUGCACGCGCUGCUCAUCAAGGACGUGCCGGCCACGCGGGAGGUGCUGGGCUCUCUGCCCAACGUGUUCAGCGCGCUGUGCCUGAACGCGCGGGGGCUGCAGAGCUUCGUGCAGUGCCAGCCCUUCGAGCGCCUCUUCAAGGUGCUGCUGUCCCCCGACUACCUGCCCGCCAUGCGGCGGCGCCGCAGCUCCGACCCCCUGGGUGACACAGCCUCCAACCUGGGCAGCGCCGUGGACGAGCUGAUGCGCCACCAGCCCACGCUCAAAACCGACGCCACCGCCGCCAUCAUCAAGCUGCUGGAGGAGAUCUGCAGCCUGGGCAGGGACCCCAAGUACAUCUGCCAGAAGCCGUCGAUGCAGAAGGCGGACGGGACGGCGGCGGCGCCGCCCCCGCGCUCGCCCCACGCGGCCGAGGAGGCGUCGAGCGAGGACGAGGAGGAGGAGGAGGUGCAGGCCAUGCAGAGCUUCGGGGCGGCGCCGCAGAGCGAGGCCGAGCCCAGCCAGGCCGUGGUGGGCACGGAGGAGCGCAUCCCCAUCCCCCUCAUGGACUACAUCCUCAACGUGAUGAAGUUUGUGGAGUCCAUCCUCAGCAACAACACCACGGACGAUCACUGCCAGGAGUUCGUGGCCCAGCGGGGGCUGCGGCCCCUCGUCACCAUCCUGGGGCUGCCCAACCUGCCCGUGGACUUCCCCACCUCAGCUGCCUGCCAGGCUGUGGCUGGGGUCUGCAAAUCCAUCCUGACGCUGUCCCACGAGCCCAAGGUGCUGCAGGAGGGGCUGGUGCAGCUGGAGGCCGUGCUGUCUGCCCUGGAGCCCCUGCACAGGCCCAUCGAGGCCCCGGGGGGCUCGGUGCUGCUGCGGGAGCUGGCCGGGGCCGGGGCCGUGGCCGAUGCCACCCUGUCAGCGCAGGCCACGCCCCUGCUGCACGCCCUGACCGCCGCCCACGCCUUCAUCAUGAUGUUCGUGCACACCUGCAGGGUGGGGCAGAGCGAGAUCAGGGCCAUCUCUGUGAACCAGUGGGGGUCCCAGCUGGGGCUGAGCGUGCUGGGCAAGCUGAGCCAGCUGUACUGCUCGCUGGUGUGGGAGAGCACCGUGCUGCUGUCCCUCUGCACCCCCAACAGCCUCCCCCCAGGCUGUGAGUUCGGCCAGGCUGACAUGCAGAAACUGGUGCCCAAGGAGGAGAAAACGGCCCCCAGCCCCCCCCAGGGCGGCCGCAGGGCAGAGGGCGAGGCCGAGCCCGGGGGCCCCGCGGGGGGGGCGGGCAGUGACCCCCCCCCGGCCCAGGGGCUGCUGGAGGGGAUGGGGCUGGAGGGGGAGCCCCUGGCCCCCAUGGAGACGGACGAGCCCAGCGCCAGCGACCCCAAAGCCAAGGCCAAGAUCACCCCGGCCAUGGCCGCCCGCAUCAAACAGAUCAAACCCCUGCUCUCGGCCUCCUCGCGCCUGGGCCGGGCUCUGGCCGAGCUCUUCGGGCUGCUGGUCAAGCUGUGCGUGGGCUCCCCGGUGCGGCAGCGCCGCAGCCACCACGCGGCCGCCGCCGCCCCCGCGCCCACCGCGGCCGCCCGCGCCACCGCCUCGGCCCUGACCCGCCUGCUGACCAAGGGGCUGAGCUGGCAGCCGCCCCCCUACACCCCCACACCCCGCUUCCGGCUGACGUUCUUCAUCUGCUCAGUGGGUUUCACGUCCCCCAUGCUGUUCGACGAGCGCAAGUUCCCCUAUCACCUCAUGCUGCAGAAAUUCCUCUGCUCCGGCGGCCACAACGCCCUCUUCGAGACCUUUAACUGGGCGCUGUCCAUGGGGGGCAAGGUGCCGGUGGGGGAGGGUCUGGAGCACCCCGACCUGCCGGACGGCACCGGCGAGUUCCUGGACGCGUGGCUGAUGCUGGUGGAGAAGAUGGUGAACCCCAGCACGGUGCUGGAGUCGCCCCACGCGCUGCCCGCCAAGGGACCCCCCCACGGGCACCCCCCCUUCAGCGCCCUGCGCUUCCUGGUGGUCACCCAGAAGGCCGCCUUUGCCUGCAUCAAGCAGCUGUGGCAGCGGCGGCCGCUGAAGGUGUACGGGGGGCGCAUGGCCGAGUCCAUGCUGGCCAUCCUGUGCCACAUCCUGCGCGCGGAGCCGCUGCUGCGCGAGCGCCUGGGCCGGGAGCGCGAGGGCAGCGCCAGCGACGAGCCGGGCGGCGACGAGGGGGCGGCCAGGAGGGAGCCCCACGUCAACCAGCAGCAGCUGCAGCAGCUGAUGGACAUGGGUUUCUCCCGGGAACACGCCAUGGAGGCGCUGCUCAACACCAACACCAUGGAACAGGCCACGGAGUACCUGCUGACACACCCCCCACCCCUGAUGGGGGGCUCAGCUCGGGACCUGAGCAUGUCAGAGGAGGAUCAGAUGAUGAGAGCCAUCGCCAUGUCCCUGGGCCAGGACAUCCCCAUGGAGCAGCGCGCCGAGUCCCCGGAGGAGGCGGCGUGCCGGAAGGAGGAGGAGGAGCGGCGCGCCCGGGAGCGGCAGGAGGAGGAGGAGGCCAAGUGCCUGGAGAAGUUUGAGGGGGCAGAGCCGCUGGAGGCGGCCGAGCUGGGCGCCUUCACCGACGCCAUGCUGCCCGGCUGCUCGCAGCUGCUGGACGAGCUGCCCGACACCGUGUACCGCGUGUGCGACCUGCUGAUGACGGCCGUGCGCAGGAACGGGCCGGCCUACAGGGACUCAGUGCUCAAACAGGUGGUGCAGCAGGUGUGGGAGGCGGCCGACGUGCUGAUCAAGGCGGCCGUGCCGCUGACCACCAGCGACACCAAGACGGUCUCGGAGUGGAUCAGCCAGAUGGCCACCCUGCCCCAGGCCUCCAACCUGGCCACGCGCAUCCUGCUGCUCACCCUGCUCUUCGAGGAGCUGAAGCUGCCCUGUGCCCGUGUGGUGGAGUCCAGCUGCGUGCUGGACGUGCUGAUCAAGCUGCUGGAGGUGGUGCAGCCCUGCCUGCAGGCGGCCAAGGAGCACAAGGAGGUGCAGACCCCCAAGUGGAUCACCCCUGUCCUGCUGCUGAUUGAUUUCUACGAGAAAACAGCCGUGUCCUCCAAGCGCCGCGCGCAGAUGAACAAGUACCUGCAGGCCAGCGGCAACAACUGGCGCUGGUUCGACGACCGCUCGGGGCGCUGGUGCAGCUACAGCGCCAGCAACAACAGCACCAUCGACGCCGCCUGGAGGGCGGGCGAGCCCAGCGUGCGCUUCACGGCCGGGCGGCGGCGCUACACCGUGCAGUUCACCACCAUGGUGCAGGUGAACGAGGAGACCGGGAACCGGCGCCCGGUGAUGCUGACGCUGCUGCGCCCCCCCCGGGCCGGGAAGGGCCGAGAGGAGGGCGGGGAGGGGGACCCCGAGGGGAAGGGCAAGGACGAGACCCCCGCUCCAGACCCUCCUCCUACAGACGAAGACCCCCCCACCACCACCACCACAACAACAACAACCACCAGCACCACCACCACCCCCUCCACCGCCGCCCCCUGCCCCUCUCCCCCCUCCACCACCACCACCAGCACCACCAACCCCCCCGACCCCGGCGAGGACGCGGAGGAGGCGCCGGUGCGGGGCCUGGCGGAGGAGGCGGUGCCGGCGGUGCUGCGGGCGUGCGUCAGCAUGCUGGGGGUGCCGGUGGACCCGGACACGCUGCACGCCACGCUGCGGCUGUGCCUGCGCCUGACGCGGCAGCACAAGCACGCGCUGCUGUUCGCCGAGCUGCGCUCCACCCGCACCAUCCUGGCGCUGACGCAGAGCUCCGGCUUCACCGGCUUCACGCCGCUGGUGACGCUGCUGUUCCGCCACAUCAUCGAGGACCCCUGCACGCUGCGCCACACCAUGGAGAAGGUGGUGCGCUCAGCAGCCACCAGCGGCGCGGGCAGCACCACCUCGGGGGUGGUGUCGGGCAGCCUGGGCUCGCGGGAGGUGAAUUACAUCCUGCGGGUGCUGGGCCCCGCCGCCUGCCGCAGCCCCCACGUCUUCACCGAGGUGGCCACGGGCUGCAUCCGCAUCGCCCUGCCCGCCCCGCGCGGCUCCGGCACCGCCUCGGACGACGAGUUUGAGAACCUGCGGAUCAAGGGUCCCAACGCGGUGCAGUUGGUGAAAACCACCCCGGCCAAGGCGGCGGCGCUGCCGCCCAUCCCCGAGCCCAUCCGAGACGUCAUCUACGACAUGCUCAACGCCCUGGCGGCCUACCACGCCCCCGAGGAGGGGGACAAGGGGGACCCCAAGGGCGCGGCGCCCAGCGAGGUGAGCCAGCUGCUGUCGGACAUUGGGGACGACAUGUACCAGCAGUACCGCAGCCUCACCCGGCCCCCCGCCGACUUCGAGCCCCCCGCCGGCUUCGCCAUCAACGCCCAGGUUUUCGCUGCUGACGGAGCCGCGGCCGAGACGCCGCCCUCGGGGACACCCCAGGGAGAAGCCUCCAGCCCCGAGGAGGGCCGCGAUGGCCGCAAGGACAAGGAGGGCGAGCGCGGCGAGGAGCGGGGCCGGGCGCGCGGCUCCAAGCCGCUGAUGCCGACCUCGACCAUCCUGCGGCUGCUGGCGGAGCUGGUGCGCUCCUACGUGGGCAUCGCCGCGCUCAUCGCCAACUACAGCUACAGCGUGGGCCAGUCCGAGCUCAUCAAGGAGGACUGCAGCGUGCUGGCCUUUGUCCUGGACCACCUGCUGCCGCACCAGCAGAACGCCGAGGACAAGGACACGCCGGCGCUGGCGCGGCUGUUCCUGGCCAGCCUGGCCGCCGCCGGCAGCGGCACCGACGCGCAGGUGGCGCUGGUCAACGAGGUCAAGGCCGCGCUCGGCCGCGCGCUGGCCAUGGCCGAGAGCACCGAGAAACACGCCAGGCUCCAGGCCGUCAUGUGCAUCAUCAGCACCAUCAUGGAGUCGUGCCCGUCCACCUCGAGCUUCUACAGCAGCGCGGCCAAGGCGCCGCACAACGGCAUGAACAACAUCAUCCGCCUGUUCCUCAAGAAGGGGCUGGUCAACGACCUGGCCCGCGUGCCCCACAGCCUCGACCUGUCCAGCCCCAACAUGGCCAACACGGUGAACGCGGCGCUGAAGCCGCUGGAGACGCUGUCGCGCAUCGUCAACCAGCCCAGCGGCAUCUUCGGGGCCAAGGGCUCCUCCAGCAAGAGCAAGGCCGAGGGCAACGGGGGCGCCCGCGAGGCGGGGGCGGCACCCCCCGAUGGAGGUGACCCUGGUGACCCCGAGCCCCCCGAGGAGGACGCGGAGGCGGCUCAGGCCGAGGCGGCCGACGGCGACAUGGACGGCGAGGCCGAGGGGGACACGGUGGUGCUGGCCGGGCAGCCCGAGGGGCUCAGCACCCAGGAGAUGCAGGUGGAGAACGAGCUGGAGGAUCUCAUUGACGAGCUGCUGGAGCGCGACGGCGCCGACGGCAACAGCACCAUCAUCGUGAGCCGCUCGGGCGAGGACGAGUCGCAGGAGGACGUGCUGAUGGACGAGGCUCCGUCCAACCUCAGCCAGGCCUCCACCCUGCAGGCCAACCGCGAAGACUCCAUGAACAUCCUGGACCCCGAGGACGAGGAGGAGCACACGCAGGAGGAGGACAGCAGCGGCAGCAACGAGGACGAGGACGACAGCCAGGACGAGGAGGAGGAGGAGGAGGAGGAAGAUGAGGAUGAUCAGGACGACGAGGAGGGCGAGGAGGGCGAGGAGGAGGAGGACGACGACGACGGCUCCGAGAUGGAGCUGGACGAGGACUAUCCCGACAUGAACGCCUCGCCCCUCGUGCGCUUCGAGCGCUUCGACCGCGACGACGACCUCAUCAUCGAGUUCGACAACAUGUUCUCCAGCCCCACUGACAUCCCCCCCUCCCCGGGGAACAUCCCGGCCAGCCACCCUCUGCUGGUGCGGCACGCGGAGCACGGGGCGCUGGGGCUGGGGGCCGGCGCGGGGGGGGCGCGGCUGGCGCAGGGGCUGGGCCGGAGCCAGCGCACGCUGCGGCAGCUGACGGCCAACGCCGGGCACACCAUCCACGUGCACUACCCCGGGGCACGGCAGCCAAACCCGCCACUCAUCCUGCAGAGGCUCCUGGGUCCCUCAGCAGCCGCUGACAUCCUGCAGCUGAGCAGCAGCCUCCCGCUGCAGAGCCGGGGCCGGGCCCGGCUGCUGGUGGGCAAUGAGGACGUGCACAUCAUCGCCCGCUCCGACGACGAGCUGCUGGACGACUUCUUCCACGAGCAGGGCACGGGGGGCAGCCAGGCAGGGACCCUGUCCAGCAUCCCCACGGCGCUGACCCGCUGGACAGAGGAGUGCAAGGUCCUGGACGCCGAGAGCAUGCACGACUGCGUGUCUGUGGUGAAGGUGCCCAUCCUGGCCCGCCUGGAGGCGCUGCGGGACGAGGAGCUGGACGAGCGGCGCGAGAAGCGGCGGCGCCAGGCGGCCGAGGACGAGGCCAAGGGCGCCGAGCGCGGCCCCGACGACAAGGACGGCGCCGAGGCCCAGGACUCCGCACCCAAACCCAGCUGCGCUUCCGCCGAACUCACCCCUUCAGAGCCCGGCGGGACCCCCCCUCCCGGAGCCCAGCGGACCCUGGUGAUGCUGGAACCGGCGCCGGCGCCCCCCGACCCCCCCCCGGGGGGAGCCCCCCAAAUCCCCGCGCGCCCCCCGCAGCCCCCCGGGGUGGGGGAGGGGGCUCCGGGCCGCGCCCCGCCCCCACCCCCCGAGGCCGAGGCCACGCAGAUGGAGCUGUCCCCCGCCCCCACCGUCACCUCGCUGUCCCCGGAGCGCGCCGAGGACUCGGACGCGCUGACGGCCGUGAGCAGCCAGCUCGAGGGGUCCCCCAUGGACACCUCCAGCCUGGCCUCCUGCACCUUGGAGGAGUCUGGGGGGGCUCCCCCUGCCCCUGCAGCCCCCCAAAACCCCCCGGGGACCCCCCAAGGACCCCCUCCCGCCCCCCCCGAUGCCGCUCAGCCCGCGGAUGACAGCUCCCCCCCGGCCUCGUCCUCGGAGAGCUCGUCCACGCGGGACUCGGCCGGGGCCGUCUCGGGGGCCGACUCGAGGGGGAUCCUGGAGGAGCCGCUGCCGUCCACCAGCAGCGAGGAGGAGGAUCCGCUGGCCGGGAUCAGCCUCCCCGAGGGCGUGGACCCGUCGUUCCUGGCGGCGCUGCCGGACGACAUCCGGCGGGAGGUGCUGCAGAACCAGCUGGGGAUCCGGCCCCCGGCGCGGGCCCCGCCCGCCGCCAGCCCCGCCCCGCCCGUGGUGCCCAACCCCGGCCUCACCGAGGUCAGCCCCGAGUUCCUGGCGGCGCUGCCCCCGGCCAUCCAGGAGGAGGUGCUGGCCCAGCAGCGGGCGGAGCAGCAGCGCCGGGAGCUGGCUCAGGCCACGGGCUCGGACGCUCCCAUGGACCCGGUGACGUUCAUCCAGACGCUGCCGUCGGAGCUGCGGCGCUCGGUGCUGGAGGACAUGGAGGACUCGGUGCUGGCCGUGAUGCCGCCGGACAUCGCGGCCGAGGCGCAGGCGCUGCGGCGCGAGCAGGAGGCGCGGCAGCGGCAGCUGAUGCACGAGCGCCUCUUCGGCCACUCCAGCACCUCGGCGCUCUCGGCCAUCCUGCGCAGCCCCGCGUUCACCAGCCGGCUCAGCGGGAACCGUGGCGUUCAGUACACGCGGCUGGCGGUGCAGAGGGGGGGCACCUUCCACAUGGGGGGCACCGGUACCCACAGCAGACCAGCGGGCAGCAGCGUGGACAGCCUCCUCCGCCUGCGCGGCCGCCUGCUGCUGGACCACGAGGCGCUGUCGUGCCUGCUGGUGCUGCUCUUCGUGGACGAGCCCAAGCUCAACACCAGCCGCCUGCACCGCGUGCUGCGCAACCUGUGCUACCACGCUCCCACGCGGGGCUGGGUGGUGCGCAGCCUCCUGUCCAUCCUGCAGCGCUCCAGCGAGAGCGAGCUGUGCCUCGAGACCCCCCGCGGGACCCCCGGCGCCGAGGAGCGGCCGCGCGGCCGCGGUUCCUCCGCCGGGCCCCGCGCCGGUGCCGGUGCCGCCGAGCCGCGGGGGUUGGACCUGCUGCACCGCGUGGAGUCGCGGAGCUCGGGCCAGCUGUCCUGGCUGUCGGUGUCCAUGGACGCGGCGCUGGGCUGCAGGACCAACAUCUUCCAGAUCCAGCGGGCGCCGGGCCGCAAGCACACCGAGAAGCACGCGGCGGCCGCCGGCUCCGCCGUGCACAUCCACCCGCAGGCCGCGCCCGUGGUGUGCCGGCACGUGCUGGACACGCUCAUCCAGCUGGCCAAGGUCUUCCCCAGCCACUUCACCCAACAGCGAGGCCGCGACCCCAGCACCGACCCCGAGCGCGAGCGCGGCACCACCGCAGCCCCUUCCCCAUCUUUACCCCCUCCCCAAUCCGGCUCGCUGUCCACCGAUUUUUGGGACCUGCUGGUCAAGCUGGACAACAUGAACGUGAGCCGCAAGGGCAAGGGCUCGGCGCGGGCGGGGGGCGGCGGGGGCGGCCCCGAGCCCGAGGCGGCGGGGGGCGGGCUGGAGGCGUCGCCGCUGGGGCAGCUGAUGAACAUGCUGUCGCACGGCGUCAUCCGGCGCAGCCCCCUCCUCACCGAGAAGCUGCUGCGCCUCCUGUCGCUCAUCUCCAUCGCCCUGCCCGAGGGAGGGGCCGGCAAGGCUGGAGAAGGAGGGGCGGCGCCCCAGAACGGAGCCCCAGCCGGUUCUGUGCCCCCCGCCCAGCCCGCUGGAGGGGUUGGGGGGGUUGGGGUGGGGGCGGCGCCUGGGAGCCCCCCCGGACAGGGGAAUGGAGGAGGAGGAGGAGGAGGAACGGCUGGAGGGAGUGCGGCCCCUGCCAAGAGCUCCAAGUCCCCUGCCAAGGUCCCCGAGGGUGGCCCCGACCCCCGGCUGGCGGCCACGGGCCUGACCGAGAGCCAGCUCCAGCUCUCCGUGGAGGUGCUGACGUCGCACUCGUGCUCGGAGGAGGGGCUGGAGGACGCGGCCAAUGUCCUGCUGCAGCUGUCGCGGGGGGACGCGGGGACAAGGGACACGGUGCUGAGGCUGCUGCUGAGCGGGGCCCGGCAGCUGGGGGGGGCGCUGUGCCGCCAGAUCGGCACGCUGCUGGCCGAGCUCCGUGAGUACAACCUGGAGCAGCAGCGCCGGGCGCAGCUGGAGGCGCCGUCCCCCGAGGGGCUCCCCGAGGAGCAGCCCCCCAGCGCCAAGCUCAAGGGCAAGAUGCAGAGCAGGUUCGACACGGCCGAGAGCGUGGUGAUCGUGGCGUCGCAGAAGCGGGCGCUGGGCGGGCGGGAGCUGCAGCUGCCGUCCAUGUCGGUGCUGACCUCCAAGACGUCCACGCAGCGCUUCUUCCUGCGCGUGCUGCAGGUCAUCAUCCAGCUGCGCGACGACACGCGCCGGGCGCACCGCAAGGCCAAGCAGCCCGGCCGCCUGGGCGCCGCGGGGCUGGGGGCGGCCGGCAGCAUCCAGGCCGCCGUCCGGCAGCUGGAGGCCGAGGCCGACGCCAUCAUACAAAUGGUACGUGAGGGCCAGAGGGCCCGGAGGCGGCAGCAGGGAGACACGUCGGAGGCCGGGCCCGCGGACGGCGCCGCCCGGCGCGAGGAGUCGCCCAUGGACGUGGACCAGCCCUCGCCCGCGCCGCCGGACCUGGGCCCCGAGGCGGCGCCGGCCGGUGACCGCGGCAGUGACCGUGACCGUGACCGUGACCGUGACCGCGAGCGGGAGGAGCGGCCGCCGGAGCUGCCGCUGCUGAGCGAGCAGCUGAGCCUGGACGAGCUGUGGGACAUGCUGGGCGAGUGCCUCAAGGAGCUCGAGGAGUCCCACGACCAGCACGCCGUGCUCGUGCUGCAGCCGGCGGUGGAGGCGUUCUUCCUGGUGCACGCCACGGAGCGGGAGAGCCGGCCGCCGGUGCGGGACACGCGCGAGAGCCAGCUGGCGCACAUCAAGGACGAGCCGCCGCCGCUGUCCCCCGCGCCCCUCACGCCCGCCACGCCCUCCGCCCUCGACCCCUUCUUCUCCCGGGAGCCCUCGGCCAUGCACAUCUCAGCCAGCCUGCCCCCCGACACACAGAAAUUCCUGCGCUUUGCUGAGACGCACAGGACGGUGCUGAACCAGAUCCUGCGCCAGUCCACCACCCACCUGGCCGACGGCCCCUUCGCCGUGCUGGUGGAUUACAUCCGCGUGCUGGACUUCGACGUCAAGCGCAAGUACUUCAGGCAGGAGCUGGAGCGGCUGGACGAGGGGCUGCGCAAGGAGGACAUGGCCGUGCACGUGCGGCGCGAUCACGUCUUCGAGGAUUCCUACCGGGAGCUGCACCGCAAAUCGCCCGAGGAGAUGAAGAACCGCCUGUACAUCGUGUUCGAGGGCGAGGAGGGCCAGGACGCCGGGGGGCUGCUGCGGGAGUGGUACAUGAUCAUCUCGCGCGAGAUGUUCAACCCCAUGUACGCGCUGUUCCGCACCUCGCCCGGCGACCGCGUCACCUACACCAUCAACCCCUCGUCCCACUGCAACCCCAACCACCUGAGCUACUUCAAGUUCGUGGGCAGGAUCGUGGCCAAGGCCGUCUACGACAACCGCCUGCUGGAGUGUUACUUCACCCGCUCCUUCUACAAGCACAUCCUGGGCAAGUCCGUCAGGUACACGGACAUGGAGAGCGAGGAUUAUCACUUCUACCAGGGCCUGGUGUACCUGCUGGAGAACGACGUCUCCACGCUGGGCUACGACCUCACCUUCAGCACCGAGGUCCAGGAGUUCGGGGUGUGCGAGGUGCGGGACCUGAAGCCCAACGGCGCCAACGUGCUGGUGACGGAGGAGAACAAGAAGGAGUACGUGCACCUGGUGUGCCAGAUGCGCAUGACAGGAGCCAUCAGGAAGCAGCUGGCGGCGUUCCUGGAAGGGUUCUACGAGAUCAUCCCCAAGCGCCUCAUCUCCAUCUUCACGGAGCAGGAGCUGGAGCUGCUCAUCUCGGGGCUGCCCACCAUCGACAUCGACGACCUCAAGGCCAACACCGAGUACCACAAGUACCAGGGCAACUCCAUCCAGAUCCAGUGGUUCUGGCGCGCCCUGCGCUCCUUCGACCAGGCCGACCGGGCCAAGUUCCUGCAGUUCGUCACCGGCACGUCCAAGGUGCCCCUGCAGGGAUUCGCCGCCCUCGAGGGCAUGAACGGCAUCCAGAAAUUCCAGAUCCACCGCGACGACCGCUCCACCGACCGGCUGCCCUCGGCGCACACCUGCUUCAACCAGCUGGACCUGCCGGCCUACGAGAGCUACGAGAAGCUGCGGCACAUGCUGCUGCUGGCCAUCCAGGAGUGCUCCGAGGGCUUCGGGCUGGCCUAGGGCGCCCCCACGGGCUCUAUAAAUAUAUAUAUAUUUUUUGGUUC